CACUUCUAAACUGCAAGCCGACCAAGUAGCAUAGAAGGAUAAGGUUUUGGGAGCAUCUUCGAACUAUUCUACGGGGCCAGGAGGCCAGAUUAAAAUGGCAGCCGUGGAAUUAUGGAAAAAGUUUGGCCGAAACGGAAUUGAUAGAGGAAAUCCAUCACCUCCUUCAGCCAAGAAAAUUAGAAAAAAUUCAGAAGAAGAUGAGAGUAGCUCCGAACUAGUAAUUGACGAAGAAACACCUUCCUCAAGCAAUGAUUCAUCACCUUACAUACCUGCUCCUAACCCCAAUAUACCAUUAUCUCUACCUCCUCUAUCACCUGUUCAAUCGCAGUAUAAGCCUCCCAUACCAUCAAGAAACAACGGCGUUCAAAAGCAAUCAACAGAGUACAGAAAGUGUGAUCGCGGUCUAUCUUACUUAUUUCCAUCAUUAGCUGACACAUCGUUAUCUCUGUUGGAAAAGGUAAAAAUAAUUGUUGAACGGCAUAAGAAUAAUUAUUUUCUUGAUUGGACGGAAGAUCAAUUAGUAUCCGUUGAUCGUUUGGUUAGGCCGAAAAUGCCUGUCACAAAACAAUUAUAUAAGGAAUAUUGUCAUAGAAAUGCAAUGAAGUACGAUUCUAAUUUACAAUUCGCUAUGGAAUCAAAAGGCGCUUGGGCAGAGGCGUUUCGUUCAAAAUUAUCAAGACCGCCCACAGCUGGAGGCUUUCAUUCUUUUUGUGAAGUGAAAGCAGAAGCAGGACGGUUAUGGAAAGAAUAUUCCGGCAAAUAUCGUAUGCACAAUAUUGUUAAAGUGCAGAUGGACUUGAACAAUGAAAAUGCUAAUAAUAACAACAAUAAUAGUAAUAAUAAUAACUUAAAUACUAAUGCUGGUGUUACAAAUUCUACUAAUUCGACUAAAGGCAUUGAACAUUCUCAAAUUAAAACAGCUUUAAAAAAUUCAUUAAAGCAACGCCAUCUUCUGACAAAUGGAGAGGAAACAUCUAGUCGACGUAAUAGUUUUCCAAUUUCUUCACCUCCAAGGAACUCCUUAAAGAGACAUAGCUACACCGAAGGUGACAAAUUAAAUGGCAAAGAACUAUCGCCUCUUUUGAAAACGAAUAUUCCACAUGAUAAUUUAGCGUCUUUACCUCUAGAAGAACAAGAUGAGCCCGUUAAUUUGACAACCUCACAGCCAAAGUCUAUUGGAGCUGCGAUGCUAGAGCAAGCAUUAAAUGGAAAUGCAAAAUUAAUUAAAGAUGCAACUGAACAAAUUCCACAAUCCAGUGAAAUUCUUUUUCAAGCUCUUUCUCCAAAUACACCUGUUGCGGGCCAAAUGGACAUUUGGUUGAAAAGACACCGUCAUAGGUAUUAUUUGAAUUAUACGGAGGAAGAACUCGAAAAUGUGGAUGAAUCACUCAGGCCUGUUUGUGUUGUAACCUUGGAAAAGUUUCGUCGAUUAAUACCCAACUCAAUGUUAGAUGUAUUUGAAAAGAUCGACCUGGUUAUGUGUUCAAAUCACGCGGAAUGCGAGUUAUUUAAGAAAAGACUCUCAUACACUCCAGAAUUGGGAGGGUUUUCUACAUUUGAAGAAGCAGUCGCAUCUGGAAUUCAAGUUUGGAAUGUGGCUUGUGCCCCGCAAGUGCCUGGUUUGGUGACUUCGUUAAAUCAACGACAGCACACAGACAAUGAUGUUCAGGAUGUCACAACUAUGCCAGUCUCUUCCGUAUUAAAUACGCUAUGGUCAACGAGAGACACACUUAUGAAGAUUACAGAGGACGAUCCGUCCAAAAGUUGGCAUCAAAAAAUGCAACCUUACAAACUAACUUUAGAACAAGCUCUAGGAAAGAAUUACCACCUUCCUCAAACGUCAUACCAAUGUAUCGUUGAUUUAUUACUAGCUGUCGUUAAUCAACAACUCUUGUCUGCAAAAUUACAGAAAAAAUGAUUUGUAAUCUUUUUUUAAUGUAUUCUAUUUCUACAGUACGUUAUACAAUUGUUUAUAUCUACAAAAAUAUAGUUAUUAUAUUAAAAGUAUGUAUAUAUAUAUAUACAUAUAUAUAUAUACAAAAUAUAUAUAAUAUACGCCUAAAUAUAUGUACAGUAAUCAUUCUCAAAAAAUGGUACACUUGUUUUUGUUCCAUAAUUUGCGAUUUAGUUCGCCUUUGUGCUUGAAGAGAAGUAUUUAGUGCUUGAAAUUUGUCUUUUUUCUUUUUUUUAUGAAAAAUGCCAUUAUCAUCAAUAAUAAACUCUCUUUUUCAGAAUUUCUUUUUCAAACAGGCUAAUUUUUUUACUUAUCAGUUAGGUGUAGCAGCACUUGCUUUUUUUUAUAUCAGACAAGAAACUUAAUCAGAAAGACUAGUUUACAGACUAUUUUCAUGAGUUGUAAACAAGAAAAUAGAUAACUUCUGUUAGCCGGAAGAAAAGUUGAAAUACUUGAAUUUCUUCCCUUUUUAGACUGUUCUGCUCUUUCCCUUUUAGUUAAAUAUAUUGAAGAGAAGAUGCAAAUGCAAAAUUACUUUUAUAAAAUUUUC